UCCAUGAAAAAGCUCUGGGCCUGUUUCCAAGGUGUUCAGAGCACUCUAUUGUCCGGGUUGGUUUGUCAAAGCGCGAGGCGUGUAUUCACCAGAAAUCACUGGAUUGGCAAUUGACAAAGCCUCAGAGUGCUCUGUCCAACUCAAGCGGGUACCUGUACGAUCAUCCGAUUAGGAAUGAACACUGCCAGAACUUAUGGACAUGUUCUAGCGAGUCAUGCCUUCACUAUUUUCACCCCACCAACUGUGUGACCCGAGAGCAAAGAUUGCGAUAACGCUGCCAUGAAUUGCAAUUUGAUUUGACGCGGAAUUUGACACGUUAACCAAGCAUCAUCGUACUACUAGAUUCCAGCGAUCUCUCUUUCUGGUGUGCUGUUCGGCAGUGCUCGAAUUCGAUUUCCACCAAACAGGUCGUCGAGUGCGGGAGUGCAUGUUCAACGACAGGAGGAGACAAAUAAAGAUCUCACCUCGACCAUCGUGUUCAGUUCGAAACCAAAACUAAACCAGAUACCACAGGAUGUGGUGGGUUCAACCGAGACUUGCUCUUCUGUGCGUACUACUCUCGUUUCCCAUCUGCUGGGGAGUUCCAAGACCCAAGCCCCAAGACGAUGGUAAUGCCAAAGAGACCGAUAUCCCAUCGAGCACAGGUGGAUCAGGAUCCACUCCUGGAAACGCAUCCACCUUCUCCCUGAAGGACCAAUGGGAACUGAUCAACCAUAUGAACGUGAGUGGGAUCCUGCCCGUACUCAAGUACAGGUCUAAACGGACUGGCCUCGUGGUCAUCUUUGCCCAAGCGGAGUCGCCCAUUGUCAAUGGCUACUUUUGCCUCUCGACCGAGGCUCGAACCAACGAUGGACUGCCACAUACCUUGGAACAUCUCAUCUUCCUCGGCAGCGAGGACUACCCGUACAAAGAAGUUCUGGAUCUCAUGGCCAACCGGUGCUUGGCCAGUCGAACCAAUGCUUGGACUGACACGGAUCACACGUGUUACACGGUCUACACUGCGGGAUCGGAUGGCUUCCUGAAUAUCGUCCCCGUUUACAUGGACCAUAUCCUUCAUCCAACCCUUCGUGAACAGGAUUUCCUCACCGAAGUUCAUCAUAUUUCGGGCGAUGGCGAUGAUGCCGGUGUGGUUUAUUCGGAGAUGCAGGGUGUGGAAAAUAGUCCCAACAACAUAUUGUAUUUUGCCACGGUCAAAGCACUCUAUCCUGGCGUGAGCAGCUACGAAAUACAAACGGGUGGAGUCUUGAAGAACCUUCGAGAAAGUACCACCAUCGAGAAGGUUCGGGAUUACCACCGGAAGUAUUAUCAGCCCAAGAACUUGCAAUUGAUCAUCACCGGCAGCAUUGAUCCCGAAGAUAUCUUCCAAGCCUUGGAUGGCGUGGAAACCAAGAUUUUGAGCAAGGACCCUUACCCAGAACUAGAGCGACCUUUCCAAACCGAUUACCCUCCCUUGAGUGAAAACAUCAACAAGAAGAUCGAAUAUCCUUCCGAUGAAGAGGAGUCCGGCAAGGUGGCCUUUGCUUGGCGUCUACCUUAUAACCUAGUGGACAAUGUACAAAAGCUUCACGCCCUGAAGAUUCUGGGAUCCUAUCUGACCUCGACCUCCGUCAGUCCCAUGAAGAAGGCCUUUGUCGAUACCCCUGACCCCUUUGGUACGGACGUGGAUUUUGAUGUCUACUUCAACAAGGAUCCUGCCGUCAGUGUGGACUUUGAAAACGUACCCACUGAAAAGAUGGACCUGGUUGAGCAGCGGUUUUGGGACACUGUCAACACAAUCCUUGAAGAUGGUCCCGACAAGCUUGACAUGGAACGACUCCGCACAUUGAUUCGCCGGAAGGAAUUGUCUCGUAUCGUCAAGUUAGAGAACAGUCCCCACUUGCUCGUCCCAACGCCAGCUAUCAAUGCCAUGUUAUAUGGAACCUCCGAGGAACAUUUGGCCGAUUUUAUGAACGAAGGGGAACGAAACCAGACUCAAUACUUCUUGGAUCAACCCGGAGAGUUUUGGCUGGAGAUGAUGAACCAGACCUUUUCCGGACCUCGAGUGUCAAUUCUGGCCUACCCAAGCAAAGAGCUCGGCCUUCAAAUGGAACAAAACGAAACCGCCCGACUAGAAAAACAGAGAGAGGACCUCGGGGAACAAGGUUUGAUUGAGGCUGCCAAGAAAGUGAACGAUGCUGUGGCCAGUCAGAUCUUACCUUCGCGAGAAGUUUUGGAAUCUGUGCCAGUGGCAGAUGUGAAGAAAAUCAAAUAUCGCACCCUCGAGUACUACAACUACACCACCGAACAGCAACCCAAGGGCUUCCCAUUGAAGGACAUCCCGUUCAAGUUCCACAUCGAUCAUAUCAAGUCUUCGUUUGUCAAGUCGUACUUUUUUAUUGACCUGCAAAAUGUCACCGAUGAAGAUCGUCCUUACAUGGUUCUACUCACCGAGAGUUGGCUUCAGAGUCCAUUGAAAUUGGACGGGCAAUUGGUGGCUUUGGAGGAUGUGAUUGGUCGACGGUCCGAGAACGCGAUCAGUUUGUUUAAUGAUUUGGGAUACAGAGGAUCCACGUUCACUCCUGGAGCUCAGUCGUCCAUGAUGAUGUUCUAUCUGGAAACGCUCAUGGAGAAAUACGAGGACGGAAUCACCCUCCUACGAGACAGCCUUUUUAAAGUGGAGUUCACCGAGGAUCGUCUUCUCAGUCUCGUUAAUCAGAUCCUCAAUGGGAUCCCAAGCAUCAAGUUGAAGGCGUCUACCAUGAACGAUGUGAUCUUUGAUAACAUCUAUUUCAACAAUCAUUCCAUGAUUCAUCACGCCAGUCUGUUGAGACAACAAAAGUUCGCGGAGAAGAUCUUGGCCGAACUCAAAUCCAAUUCUAGCCAAGUCAUCAAGAAACUCUUCGAUCUGAAAAACCAAAUCGUCCAGCCCAAGAACGUCUUCGUCUACAUGGCCACCAACAUCGAUACCCUCACCGAGACUUACGGCGAAAAGGCGGUUGAGGCUUGGACCGAUUUCUUCGACAAGGACGACUUCGAAUUCCCAUCCGAGGACGAGAUCCAAGCCGGACCCAAUUUCCCAUCCGAAUGGACAUAUGCCGAUCCCGAUCCCAAGCUCCGCCACGCCAUCACAGGAAUCCCCGGGACCGAGUCGUGCUACCUGAAACAAGGCAUCGACUAUCCCAUCCAUGAUUGGGAACAAGAUGAAAUUGCAGCCGUUCGCGUCAUGCUUCAGUAUCUCACCGACCAAAUGUACAAUCUCAUUCGAGGCAAGGGUCUCGUCUACAGUAUUUCACUCUCUGCCUCUGUCACGGAAGGACGCCUUCGCGUGAAAUUCCACCGCUCCUCCCAACUCAUCGGGGCCUACAAAGUGUACCGAGAUAUAAUCGGCAAUUAUAGUGGCCAGGACGCACCUUGGGAUCCCACCGUGUUGGAAUCGGCGGUGGGCUCCGAAAUUUACUCCUGGGCCGAAAGAGAAGAGACGCUCUCGGAGCUGUCUCAAGUGUCGAUUAAGUCCAUCUUGCGUAAUGCCGGUGAUCCGUAUUAUAAUCGGCGUUUUGUGACCAAGAUCGCAGCUGUCACCCUGGAUGAUGUGCGUAAAGUGGCCGAGAAAUACCUGCCCGACUUCUUGGACCCCGACAAGACCCACACCUCCGUCGUUUGCGGGCCAAGCGACGUGCAAUCGGUUACCGAAGAUUUCAAGAAAUACAAAAUAGAUCUUCACGUCAUAGAAGACAUUGAGAACAGUUUCGUCUCCGCUUAAGAGGACCCGGAUAUCGGUUUUGUUUAGUGUCUGGCACACUACCCUAACAUGACAUCACCUUGCUUCAAGAAAGCUAAUACCAUUUAUUAUUUUCCUCGCACUGACCAACCAAUUCCCAAGCAAUUGGCGUCCCGACAUUUGACAAAUUUCGUUCGACCAUUUAGUACACAGUAAAUAACCACUCCAAUGUCAUCGUUUUAUUGUGACGCUGUAAACCACUUCUUGAAUCCCCUGCAAGAAAACGACCCGAAAUAUACACCAGAAAUUAUUUACAAAUA